AUGGCACUCAAGAUCCGCCACCCACCUCACGCGAUCCCUUGCAGCCGCCUCCCACCGCCGCUCCAGAUCCCCUCGCCGCUGGUCUGCACCCUCCCUCUUCCCCACCUGUGCCGCCCAUCUUCUUCCCCUCGUCUCCCACAUCGCCGCCGCCACCCGCGCCGAUCCCAUCCCUCCCCUUGUCUCCCUCCCGAUUCAGAUCCAUUCUCCCCGACCCCGCCGCCCGCGCCCGCGCGCCACCCGCUCCUCCUCGCCUCCCGGAGGACGUCCGCCGCUCUUCCUCCGCCUGUCCCGGAGGCCUUACACGGCGCCCUCCAUCGAACAGCCGCCGCACUCGUCCCGCCCUCAGCGCCGCACCUCCACCGCCAUUUCCGCUGGCUCAUCGCCGACGCCUCCGCCCCUUCCCCAUCCAGCGGCGACCCGGCGGCGCGCUACCUCCUCCCCGCGCUGCUCAGGAACGAGAACUGGAAGGACCUGGUGGUCGCCGUCUGGGAUGGCGUGCUCAUCCCGCGGCCCGAGACAGAGGCCGUCGUGGAGGGCAGCUCCCGCCGUGUCCUCGCUUACCCUGCCCUCCGCGCCGCCGUGAUCUAUUGCACCGCCGUGCUCCCCGACGUGCCCGUAGCCGUGGGCCCCCAUCCACCGCCGCCGUUCGCGGGCCUCCGGGCGAGGUCCAUGGCCACCUUCACCCGCAUGUAAGGAAAGUUGACAUGCUUAACGGUGUGACAAUCCCGCGGUCCGAGAAAGUAAAGGAUGAGAUCGUCCUCGAUGGCAACGGCAUCGAGCUCGUCUAUCACUCUGCUGCCCUUAUCAACCAGGUACUGGCGGAGGUCGGGAGCGCCAAGGUGGUGGCGUUCGACGAGAUCGACCUUAGUGCUUGCUGCUGACAUGUGGAGGAGAAAGCCACAGGAAUCACCAUCUCAACGGUGCGGCCUUAGUGCUUGCUGCUGACAUUUUGCUGCUAUUGUUCUGCUAGACAUGUUGCACUACCUGAGCUUGUGUACUAGAAGCAGGCACCCAAAUUUUCUUUCUGAUUGCUGGAAAGUAAUGUUACACUUCUAUUUGUAGACGACAACGACAAUGUCUUGCUCUAGUUGCUGUUGUUCAGUUUAUAUACGAGUGUGCAUGAUUUUAUCUAUAGCUGGCACUAUGGAUAGAGCUAUGUGUGUAAUCUGAGUUGUUUCUGUUAUUGUUCUAUCCAUUUUAUUGUGUUACCUUAAGCUGUCAUGUUAAGGCAAACCUGAGAACACUUGCUUAUGAGAACCAACUGGAUUUCUUAGAUAUAUCCAAGUGAGCUGUACUGUUACUAUGGUAGUGAAUUAUAUCUAUGUGAGAUUAGAAUUUGAGUGCCAUCAUUCAUCUUAUGCUAUCUUGUCCUCCGUGAUAACUGUUGACUUGCAAGAUACAAUGUUGAAUUACUAUAUGAUGCAUGUUUGUGAUGUUAGUAUAUGUGCUUUGACUAGUAAUAUUAGAUCUUGCCUAUUGAAGAUGCAUAUUUCUUAACGAAUUUUUGUCAUGCUGCAUAAUAGUCUUGAUUAUUUGUCAUUAUUGACAUGCAUGCUAAUUAAUCUGUGCAGGAUGGUGGUUGGGUGUCAACAAGGAAUGGAAAUUGAUGGAGAUCCCUACGUGUGCGUCGUUUGUAUACCAUGCAUGCUGGUAGCAGAUUGAUCAAGACGUCAACAACAAGAAAAUACUAUUCGUGUCAUGCACAAGUGCACCACAAAGAAGAGCACCGGUCUGUCUACUUCUUGCUGCUCCGACCCAAGUGCUGGCUGACACCAUGGAAGCUCCAGAAGGACCGACAUUACCAUCAAGUACGCCAUCGAGGUGAAUGGUGCUUGUGUUGUUGGUAGAACUCCGUUGAUGACUUCUUCCUAUGUUGAAAGCAUGUUCCGUGGUAUCCAAGAGUAGCUAGCUUUACACUCGCAGAGCGUUUUAUUUGUCGAUCACAAUAUUUGUGAUUGUAUGGAAUAUUGUAUGGUUAUCUACGUGACGUUUGAAGUUCCUGGGCAUGCAAUAUUUGAAGGUUAAACUGGUUGUUGUGAUGUGAACGAGUGUAUGGAGUUUCACAUGUUCUGUUCUGUACAAAUUUUAUUGUAAUAAACCUAUUUUGGUUGUUAUUUGAAGAUUUUCAUAUGCUUCUCUCUUCUUUCUGUUUGAUAUAUACUGCUUAUUAAUAAGCUAUGAAAAAAGCGAUUUGGAACCACUGCCAGGAAAAAUCUGACAAUUGGGACCCAUCUAAAAACUGGAGCUGACAAAAAACUGCAAAUUAAAAAGAAAUGGACCGCAAAAGGCCAUGCCCUA